AUGAGUGAACCCGAGGUGCCCUUCAAAGUGGUGGCGCAGUUCCCUUACAAGUCCGAUUACGAGGACGAUUUGAACUUUGAGAAAGACCAGGAGAUCACUAUUACUUCUGUUGAAGACGCAGAAUGGUAUUACGGUGAGUACCGGGAUUCCAGUGGCGACAUUGUCGAGGGUAUCUUUCCUAAAAGUUUUGUUGCUAUUCAAACGUCUGGCAGUCUAAAGGAAAGUGAAUCGGCCGCGACUGCAGCACCUACCCAGCAACAUACCGCAGCUCCUCCUGUAAAACCAGAGACCCUUUCAGAGCCUGUCUUUUCUGAAUCUAAAAAAGAAAGUGCCCCCCCACAACCAGUACCAGUGCCGGUGCCAGUGUCAGCACCGGCACCGGCUCAGCAUGAUUUGCCUAGCAACCAAGAAAGAAACGUUCCCAUGGAUUCUCCAAAAUUGAAGGCCCGCCUGUCCAUGUUCAAUCAAGAUGUAUCAGAGCAGGCUCCCCUACCAGGAUCGAGCCAUUUUAAUUUGGAGAAUAUACCUGUGAAGAAGACCAUUGUGGCGGAUGCUCCUAAAUACUAUGUACCCCCUGGAAUUCCAACUAAUGAUACCAGCAAUCUGGAAAGAAGAAGGUCUAUGAAGGAAAAUCAAAAAAAGACUGUUCCUGACCCAAUUAAUCGUGCACAAGCGGAAAGUGGAGAAAUGGAAACUGAAAAUGAGCAGUUGAAAAAGGACCAACCUCAGAUGAGUCUAAAAGAGAGAAUUGCCCUUCUGCAGGAACAGCAAAGAUUGCAAGCGGCAAGAGAAGAAGAAAAGUUGGAAAAAAAAGCUAAGCAUGAACAAGAGCACGAUGGCAGAGUUGCUAAUGAGUACAAACCCAGUUUAGAAACUGAAGAAACUGAAGAAACUGAGGACAAUCAAGUAGAGCCGCUGGAACUCAGAGAGAAUGCUAAGACCUCGCUCAGUGACGACGAAGAUACGAGCGACGUAGAGAAAGAACAGAUUUUAGAUGAAUACGCUGAGGACAACGAGAAUGUGCGGGAGUCACAGAAGAACGAAUCAAGCAAGGGACAGGUUGUCGAGGACAUAGAGGCAGGUCACGCAAGUGAAGAGGAAGAAGAAAAUAGAAAAGAAGAAGUAGAAGGGAGAGGAGAAGAAAAAGAUGAAAAAGAUGAAAAAGAUGAAGAAGAAGAAGAAGAAGAAGAAGAGGAAGAUAGUGAGGAAAAUCGCAGAGCAGCCUUGAGAGAAAGAAUGGCUAAACUUUCAGGUGCUGGCAGAUUUGGGGCUCCUGUCGGCUUCAAUCCAUUUGGUAUGAAUUCUGGGGUCGGCAGUAACGUACCAGAAGAGCACAAGAAAAAACAACACAAACAGAGGGAAGCUGAGCAAUUGCAAGAACUUCCUCAUGCAAUACCUGUUAUGCCAUUUGUGGACCCAAACUCUAAUCCCUUUUUCAAACCAGGUCCGACAGAAGAAAACCCAUUGUCUGAACAUAAAACGCUGGACCCUCAUUCCGCUGUGAAGGACGAACAGAAGCAAGACCAUGGUGCACACGCCUAUCACGAUUUAGCUGUUGGUGACAGUGCAUAUCCGGAGUACAGUGACUCAGAGGAAGACACUGAUGAUCACGAAUUUGAGGAUGCGACCGACGGGCUGAAAAGACAUUCGGUGGGACAGGUUUCCCAGAAAAGUAAUAAAGCAAUCAACACAUCUUUGGAGAGAGAAAUUAGCCCUGAAGCUCCACCAGCCCCCCAUCAUACUACGGAGCCCCCAUCUGACACUGUGAAUGUUCAGCAACAAAGAACCGCUGCAGAUGUUCCACCAGUAUCUCCGCCAAGACCGGGCGCUACUCGCAACGAGUCAAUAAAAUCUUCCAGUAAGGCUAUUCCAGAGCAACAUAGGAGAAUGUCUGAAAACGAGCACCAUGGUCCGCUUUCAACCAAACCAUCUGCGUUAAGUGAAACUGAUUCAAAUAUCCCCAUAUCUGUCCCACAAGCACCAAUUUUGAGCCAGGAAUCUGAUAUUGGGAAAAAACUACCAUUCCGUUCAGCGCCCCCACUCCCCCCAGCGCCAUCCGUGCGUUCAACCCCCCCUGUACCUCCAGCACCUCCAGCACCUCCAGCAGUACCUAAACACGAAGAAUUGGAGGAGGACAUCGAUAUUCCCACACCGUCGGGUCCUCCUCCCCCACCUGUACCUGAAGAGUAUCUUCCGGAACUGAAGGCAGCUCCCCCGCUUCCACAUGCACCACCAGUCCCACAGGCGACCCCUGAAUUUAAGGCUGAGACAUCAAUAACACAUGGAGCUUCAACGCACACGGGUCCUCUGCCACCACCACUACCUCCACACAUUACGGCUUCUUUACCUUCGGUACCGGGUGUAAAAUCACUCGCACCAGCUCUGGUGCCACCUCGCGUAGAAAGAGAGCCACCAGCUUUACCUCCCAAUGUACCUUUAUCAACGGAUCGCAGCACAGAACCUUUCCCUCAGUCUAAACCUACACCAAAAAUGGCCUCUAUGAAAAGGUCAACGACACAUGAUCUAGGUGAAAUGUCCAGUAAUGUCAAAGUUGAGUUUAAUCCCAAAGAAAGAUGGUGGAUUAACAAAACGGCACCUUCUGCCAUAAGCAACUUGAAGUUGAAAUUCUUGAUGGAAAUCGAUGAUCAUGUCAUUUCGAAAAGGUUACAUCAAAAAUGGGUGGUCAGAGAUUUUUAUUUCCUGUUUGAGAACUACUCACAAUUGAGAUUCUCGUUGAUUUUCGACAGUGCGAACCCAGAGAAAACAGUAACAACUCUCCAAGAGCGCUUUCCAUCACCGAUCGAGGCACAAUCAGGACAUAUUCUAGAUGAAUAUGCUCAAAGGUUCAAUGCAAAGAUUGUAGAGAAAUCACAUUCGUUGAUAAAUUCACAUAUCGGUGCUAAAAGCUUUGUACCACAAAUCGUUUCCGAAUUCAAAAAGGAGAUUAUACAACCUAUAGGACUAAGGACAUUUGGUGCAACUAUACUAAGCUAUAAACCUGAAGAUGGAAACGAACAACUGGUGAAGAACUUACAAAAGAUUAGACCAGGUGACAUACUUGUAAUUAGAAAGGCCAAGUUUGAAGCACAUAAAAAAAUUGGGAAGAAUGAAGUCAUCAGCGUUGGAAUGGAUGCUACCACACCGUAUUCGAGCGUUGUAACUGAUUAUGAUUUCACCAAGAACAAGUUCAGAGUUAUUGAAAAUCAAGAGGGAAAAAUCAUCCAAAAUAGUUACAAACUGAGCCAUAUGAGAUGUGGGAAGUUGAAGGUUUUUAGAGUUGUUGCAAGGGAAUGCUUAGGAUGGUAA